UGAAUGUUCCAAAUAAAUAUUAAUUAUUAUUAAGUAAUAUAAAGUAAGAUAAUAAAAAUCGUUAACACUAAACAAUUAACAAACGGUUCUUGGCUUCUUGGAUCUUGCUGAUAAUUGAAAUGGUUGAAAAUGUUGAAAUAGUUGGAUAUUCUUAUGUUUUAAUUGCUAUUUAUUAUUUAUUAGUAUUGGUGUGUUACUAAUGCUAUAUAAUAAUAAUAAUAAUGUCUUUAAACAUAAAUGACAUAUUUAUAGGAGAAGUUGCCUCUGUCCAAAAUUAUGGGGCAUUUAUUAGAAUACCAGGAAAUAAGCAACAAGGUCUUGUACAUCGCACACAAUUGUCUAGAGUGCCUGUGGAUGAUGCCACAGAUGUUUUAUCGAAAGGUGAUAAAAUAUGGGCUAAAGUUAUUGGAACAGAUGAUGGAAAGAUUUCUCUUUCUAUGAAACUCGUUGAUCAAGGUAGCGGCAGAGAUUUAGAUCCCAAUGGAGUUCAAAUGUUUCAAGAUGAACAAAGAAGAAAGAUUCAACCCAAUUCCAAGGGUAAAAGAACAAUUCAAUUAGAUGCAGUUUACAACACAAAGUGUGUGAGAUGUGGGACUGGUGGACAUUUAGCCAAAGAUUGUUUUAAAGGUACAUCUGGGAAAAUAUAUGACCUUUUGCCAGAAGAUGAUGAGGCUGAGGCAUUACACAUAGUACCUAUCCAAUCUGAAAAGUCUGAAGUAGUGAACAAAGAUGUCUUAUCAACAAAUGAAAAAAACAAGAAAAAGAAAAAAAAGAAAAAAUCUAGCGAAUCAAAGAAAAAAAAGAAGAGGAAAAGACAUUUAUCGUCAUCUUCGUCAAAUAGUUCCAGUUCUGAUGAAAGUUCAAAAAAAAAAUCAAAGAAACACAAAAAAAGAAAAAAGAAUUAA